AUGCUGGCGGAGCAGGAGAACCAGGAGAACGUGCCCCCGCCGGCGGCCGGCAAAGCCGCGGCGGCGCCGCCCGCCGCCGGCACCCGCGUGGCGCUGGGGCUGCUGCGGGGAGCGCACCAGCGCGCCGGGGUCCCGCUGCAGGCGGCGCGGGGCGGCUGCGAGGGCCACGGAGCGGCGGCGGGGCUGCAGCAGCACCAACACCAGCCCUUCUCCAUCCAUGUGGACGAGCCCGAUGGGGAGCGGGCGCCGCGGCGGCAGCGGGGCGGCCCGGCGGGGCAGAAGGAGGAGGCGGCGCUGGGGCUGCGUGCGGCCGUGCGUGUGCUGGGGGAGCGGCGGCCCCUGGCUCCCCUGAGCAACGCCCUGGAGCUGAGCUUCGAUUCCCCAAGUAUUAUGGAUAUUUCAAUAACCUCAGAAACAGAAGAGAAAGCACCAAACGUUAAUAACGUGCCAGACUAUAUCAAUGAAAUCCAUACGUACCUGAGGGAAAUGGAGGUGAAGUGCAAGCCCAAAAUAGGUUACAUGAAGAAGCAACCUGAUAUCACAAACAACAUGCGGGCUAUUCUUGUGGACUGGCUGGUGGAAGUUGGAGAAGAAUACAAAUUACAGAACGAAACCCUGCACUUAGCUGUAAAUUACAUUGAUAGGUUUCUUUCUUCCAUGUCUGUUUUGAGAGGAAAGCUUCAGCUUGUGGGUACUGCAGCUAUGCUGCUCGCAUCAAAGUUUGAAGAGAUCUACCCUCCUGAAGUAGCUGAGUUUGUCUACAUCACAGAUGACACCUACACCAAGAAGCAGGUCCUAAGGAUGGAGCACUUAAUUCUGAAGGUUUUGUCAUUUGACUUGGCGGCUCCAACAAUCAACCAGUUCCUCACCCAGUACUUCCUACACCAGCAGACAGAUGCUAAAGUGGAGAGCCUGUCAAUGUACCUGGGAGAGUUGAGUCUAAUUGAUGCUGAUCCUUACCUGAAAUACUUGCCAUCAGUUAUUGCUGCUGCAGCAUUUCAUCUGGCAGAUUACACACUCACUGGACAAACCUGGCCUGAAUCCCUGUGCAAAGUAACUGGCUACACUCUUGAAGACAUCAAGCCUUGCCUCAUAGACCUACACAACACCUACCUCAAAGCAGCCCAGCACACACAACAGUCCAUAAGGGAAAAGUACAAGAGUACCAAGUACCAUGGAGUAUCGCUCAUUGACCCACCAGACACACUAAACUUAUUGUAAUAAUCAAGAGACUGAUCUUUUUAAGAGAUGUAUAUUACCAGGAAAUGAUGUACAGUUUUAAACAUGGUUCAGGAUUCUAGAUAUGAUCACUCAGAAUAUGAAUACAGGCUUUGAUGACUUCAAGUAUGAAGUUUAGUUUCAUGUGGUUUUAAUGUAAAUCUUUUGUACAUGCAAUCUUGUUAAGAGUUUUAUCUGUGUUUUUAUCAAAAUGUUCUCUUCAGGCACAGAAUUAACCAUGCAGACCACGUGAAGUCUGAGACUGCUUAUCUAAUUAUAGACUAAAUGUUAAUAUUAGAAGUGCAUUAUUAUAGUAGGGCUUUUUCUCCUUC